AACCGUUUUUGGGCUUCGACGGAUGUUCCCAGCCGCCCCCGCAAGCGCGCGGCCGCGCGCGGCCCUUCCCGCGGCCAUUCCCAGCGCCGCUAGAGCGCCAAUGCUCCACGGGGUGAAGGAUUCUGCUACCGCCGAUGGCGGCUCCGUCAGCCGUGCCCUCUUGGGUGGCCUGGUGGCCUGCUCCAAAAGCUCAGCGACGAGCGGCUCGGUCGCGCGACGGAGGACGGCAGUCCGAAGGAGCUACUUCGUGCUGCAGGCACUGCUGUUGGCCUUCUUGUUGCCUUCCAAUGCCUUGGCCUUUGACAGCAACUCGAUGGCCCAAACGGCUCUGGAACUGAUGCGCGAUGGGCCCUAUGGUCCGGCCCCCUUUAUGCUCUUGCACUGCGCGGCCAUCGUCGCCUGCUUCCCCGGCACUGCUGCCUUUGAGCUGACAGCAGGAGCAGUCUUUGGCUUCUUGCCGGGAGUAGCUGUGGUAGCAGCGACCAAGGGCGCUGCGGCUGCUGUGACCUUUGGCAUCGCGCGCCGCGCCAGCAACCUUGUGCCAAGGGGCGUGCUACCGACGGCGGCUGGUGAGUGGGGCGCGCGGGUGCGGCGGGGCGUGCAAAGGGAUGCCUUCCGCUUCUGCUUGCUGGCAAGGUUGUCACCGAUCCCCAGUUGGGUCAACAACUAUGCGCUGCCGUUGAGCGACGUGCCUUUCCAGACCUUCUUGCCCGCCACGCUCUUGGGCAUGAUCCCCCCCGCUGGCUGCCAACGUGUGCGCUCGUCCCAUAGGGCGGAGGUCGUGCUUUUGGGCAGAGUCGGACGAUCCAGCGAUACUUUCCCGGGCCCCUGAGAGAAGUCCAGUUCAACAGAUGGAGAAGUCCAUUUUCCCAGGUACUCUGGCGCCUGCGCCAUUUCCCUGGCCACUGCUUUGUCUGGCGGCGGCGGUGUGGAUGGAGUGGGGCUGGCGCUGGGCGUGUUGAGCGCACUGAGCGGCGCAGCCAUUCUGCAGCAGAUGGCGUCGUUCGCGUUGGACGACCGGCGAUGACGCAGAAAAAGACGUGCGGCAAACAACAGUCCUUGCAGGGUGGGGACAUGGGUACCUACUGAUCAUCAUCAUCAACAACAGCAACAGCAACAGCAACAACAACAGCAACAACAACAACCACAACAACAACAACAACAACAACAACAACAACCACAACCACAACCACAACCACAAC